AACGCUGCCCAUUAAUUAAAGUGUCGUCGGUUGUAACGGCAGCGUUUACGUGUUUGGUCGCGUCGCGUCGCUCGUCAGUCAUUCAUUCUUUAAGUGCGCGAUCCAGUCAGUCACUCCCACCGCUUAGAUGUUGCUUGCUUGACCGGAGUCGUUUCGUCUCAUAGGUGUUUUAUGUGACAAGCUGCGCAGUGUUUGUUAUUUAUGAAAUGCUUGUAUUAUUUUCGCGCGCGUUUUGAAGGAAUAAGAAGUGCGAGUGUGUGUUGACAGACAGUGAGUGAACGACAGCAUGUCUAAACGCAGCACGCUGUUCAUCAGGAUCGUGGAAGGGAAAAAUCUGCCAGUCAAGGACAUAACUGGAAGCAGUGACCCAUACUGCAUUGUGAAAAUUGAUAAUGAAGCCAUAAUUCGGACAGCAACAAUAUGGAAGACACUGUCUCCGUUUUGGGGUGAAGAAUACAAUGUCCAUGUCCCUCCGUCCUUUCGUACGGUGUCAUUUUACGUCCUGGAUGAAGAUUCGCUCAGCCGAGAUGAUGUCAUUGGGAAAGUGUCAAUCAGUAGGGAGACGCUUACUGCUAAACCUCAAGGUGUAGAUGGAUGGAUAAAUCUGUCAGAAAUUGACCCAGAUGAAGAGGUGCAAGGGGAAAUUCACCUGCAGAUAUCAGUGCUGGGAGACGGAGAAAUCCCACGGAAACUUUGCUGCCGGGUGUUGGAGGCAAGAGAUCUUGCAAAGAAAGAUCGCAACGGAGCAUCAGACCCUUUUGUCAGAGUGAAAUUCAAUGGCAAAACGUACGAGAGCGUGGUGGUUAAAAAGUCGUGUUACCCACGCUGGAAUACGAAUUUUGAGUUUGAGCUGGAUGAGACGUCGACCGACAGCCUUUUAAGUGUGGAGGUGUGGGACUGGGAUCUGGUUAGCAGAAAUGAUUUCCUGGGAAAGGUCCUGUUUAAUAUCAACAAGCUUCAGUCGGCACAGCAAGAGGAGGGCUGGUUUCGCUUGGGGCCUGACAAAUCUAAACACAGUGAAUAUGAAGGAACUCUGGGUUCUCUGCGACUGCAGUUACGGCUCAGAGAUGAGGUCGUGUUGCCAUCCAGCCAUUACAAGCCUCUUACUGAGCUGCUCAGCCAAUCGGUCGGCUCUCAACUAAACGGCAACUGGCCGGAUCUCAUCAUGUUGAUGGAUGAGACGACUACGGCAGAAAGCAGACAGGAAGUGGCUAAUAAUCUAGUGAAGCUGUUUUUGGGUCAAGGGCUUGUCAAGGAGUUCUUGGAUGUUCUGUUCAAACUGGAGCUUGAAAAGACCACUGAACCCAACACUUUAUUCAGAAGUAAUUCAUUAGCUUCCAAGUCAAUGGAGUCUUUUUUAAAGGUGGCUGGGAUGCAAUAUUUACACAGGCUUCUGGGCCCCAUAAUAAACCGAAUCUUUGAAGAAAAGAAAUAUGUGGAACUGGACCCCAGUAAAGUGGAACUGAAAGAGGCAGGCUGUGCAGGUUUGCAUCGUCAGCAGACAGAAUCUGAUGUCAUUCAGCAGAGCUGCAGCAUUCUGCAGUCGUACCUGUCGGAGUUGCUCACCUCCAUCCUUCAAUCUGCAUCCUACUGCCCUCUUCUCAUCUGCCAGACUUUCCAUCAGCUUUACCACAGAGUCCAGGAGCGCUUCCCUGACCAACAGUACCGGAAAGUCAAGUUCAUCGCCAUAACAAGCUUUUUAUGUCUGCGGUUCAUCUCACCUGCCAUCAUGUCUCCAAAACUGUUUCACUUGCGAGAGAAACAUGCCGAUGCCCGCACGAGCCGUACUCUCCUGCUAUUGGCCAAAGCUGUGCAGACUAUUGGGAAUAUGGACACUUUGGCAUGUUGCUCUAAAGAGCCGUGGAUGGUCUGUUUGCAGCCAGCCAUUCAACAAGGCAUCGCCCAGCUCAAAGACUUCAUCAUAAAACUGGUCAGCUGCCGUGAGUCAGAGGAUUUUGAACUGCAGACACGGAUGAGUCUCCAGUGUGGCACUAUGGAGAAAGAAGGCUUCCUCUUCCUCCAUAGGACAAAGGACAAGUGCAUGCCCAUGACAUCACCCUUUAAGAAGUACUACGUCACACUCAGCAAAGACACUCUGUCGUAUUCACGGACGCAGCACUCCAAGAAGACCUCGUCUAUUUCACUGCCAAAGAUUCGAGCGGUAGAGAAGGUGGAGGAGAAGUGCUUUGGCAGUGCCAAUGUCAUGCAGAUUAUCUCGAGCGAAGUCUCUGGCCAGCAGGAGACCCUGUAUCUCGACUGCAAGAGUGUAAAUGAACUGAAUCACUGGCUGUCAGCCUUGAGAAAAGCCUGCAGUCACAACACAAACACUAUGAGCUGCUAUCAUCCUGGCAUCUAUAAAGCAGACAGAUGGAGCUGCUGCCAUCAAAGGGAGAAAGCAGACCCGGGUUGUGAUAAAACCAGGCAUGGAGUGACUCUGCAGGAGUGGUAUGAUCCGCUUGAUCCCGACCUUGAGGCUCAACUGAUCUACCAACAUCUCAGGAGUGUCCAACAUGUUAUGCGAGAUAAGUAUUAUAAGUUGAGAGAGCAGCGAGGAGCUCAGGAGACAGAUUCAACAAGAGGCCAGAGGAAAACAGAUGAAGUUACAAAACUCUUCAGUGUUCUCCAAGACCUGCAUGAUGCACACUUUGCUGUUGAAGAAGAAGAGCGACUGAAGAAUAAAAAUGUGUUUUUGGAAAUAAAAACAUAAGCACAAACACUUACGUUUGUAACUAGUUGCAUUUUAUGUUUUUUACUCACUGACCUCAAACGCAGGCUUCAAAACCUGUGAUAUUAUUUGUAGCACAUCGAUGAGUGAUAAUCUAAUCAAAUUGUAUUCUGAGAUAAUGUAUGAAAUUAAAGUGAUUUUGGGUUUGGUUUGCAUGCAUGUUUAUAGGACUAUGACCACCGCUGUGACCCUUUAUUAGUUGAGUGCAUUUGGAGUUGUUUGGUAUUAAGGUCAGCUAAAGUCCAAUGGACUUUUAAGGACAGUGUUAAGGAUUAUCAUUUUAUUUCCAUUAUCAAAAUUGGCUGCCAACCUUUUGUAGACAAGAACAGCCUUCAUGUAUAUUUGUUUUUAUAAUGAACUAUAAUAAUUUGCUCUUUUAAUCACUAUGAUUUUAUGUGCAUUGUGGAAAUAUAAUCCCUUUUUGAGUAAAAAUAAGAUUUUUAAUUUGUCUAUAAAGUUUUAAUUUUAUUUUAUUUUUUUAAAUUCUGUUACAUGGUUAAUGUAGAUAUAGGAAAUAAUUGUUGGGUCUGACUUUACAUUGAUGUCUCUGUACCUUGUCCUACAUAUGUUUAAAUGUUUUGUCUUGACCUUAUAAUGUAUACUGUAAACAAGUAUGCAUUUCACAGAACCAUUGCAUUAAUAUUUAUGUAUUAUUUUUUUCAAAUGGUUAUUGUUAUAGUAUUUCUCCACCAGAUGGCACUACAGUAUUUACCAUUCAAAUGCUAAAUAUGGCCCACAAUAAACACAGUAGUCUUUAUAAAA